AUGGGUAGACCCUGGACUUUAUCGUUGGUUCCUGGUUUAAUAAUAGCCACUGUGUUGGCUUGCGUUCUAUGUGACCCAUCAUCAUUACAGUCUGAUGUCCCCAUAUCCAGACCAAAUGAGGGACUGUCAACAGCUUCAGAUACUUUGAAUAAAGAGGCCGAAGCUAUCAGUUUGGAUGGUCUAAGCCUAGAACAGCUGAAACAGGCUCGUGAACAAGCCGAAAAAAGACAAUUCGAGGCGGAAGUCGAUCGUAUGAUGAAGAUAAUAGUCAAUUCCCUGUACAAAAACAAAGAGAUAUUUCUCAGGGAACUUAUAUCAAAUGCAUCCGAUGCGCUGGAUAAAAUACGUGUGCUUGCGUUAACGAAUAGGGAAGUGCUAGAUGAGGCUGAUGAGAUGAAUAUACGUAUCAAAGCUAACAAAGAAGCACGAACACUUCAUAUAAUCGACACAGGAAUAGGGAUGACAAAAGCCGAACUUACAGCUAAUUUGGGGACCAUCGCUAAGUCCGGAACAUCUGAGUUCUUGGCGAACAUCACUCAAACUACAUCAGCUGCGGAAAAGUCAGAUCUGAUUGGCCAGUUUGGUGUCGGGUUCUACUCUUCGUUUUUAGUUGCCAAUAAAGUAAUAGUGGUGUCUAAAAGUGAUACUGAUGAUCAGCACAUCUGGGAAUCCAAUUCCACUUCGUUUACUGUAUACAAAGACCCUCGCGGCAAUACACUAAAACGUGGGACUGAAAUUAUUCUCUACCUAACGGAGGAGGCUGAAGAUUAUUUACAACCUGAAACUCUAAAAGAAGUUGUAAAGAAAUACAGUCAAUUCAUCAAUUUCCCUAUAUACGUUUGGUCGAGUAGAGUUGAAAAAGAAAAUGUUGAAUCUCAAGAGGAAACCAAGACAAGUGAUUCUGAGGCUAGUGUUGAAGAAGAAAGUGUGAAAAGUGAAGGCAAAACAGUGGACAAAGUAGUCUGGGAUUGGGUGCGCGUAAAUGCCAACAAACCAAUCUGGAGACGCAAACCGUCCGAAGUAACUGACAAAGAGUAUAACGAACUCUUUCAUGUAUACUCCAAAGAAUAUGAUGAUCCUCUUGCCAGAAUUCAUUUCACUGGAGAGGGAGAUGUGAUAUUUAAUUCAAUACUUUAUAUUCCUAAACGUUCUCCUUCUAACAUAUUUCAAAUGCACAGUAGUCACAGUGACAGAAUAAAACUCUAUGUUCGUCGAGUAUAUAUUUCGGAUGUAGCUGAUGAUCUGCUUCCUAAAUAUUUGGCAUUCGUUGUGGGUAUUGUUGACAGUGAUGAACUGCCCCUAAAUGUUUCUCGUGAGAUGCUUCAGCAAAAUAAGUUGCUGAAGACAAUAAAGAAAAGAUUGGUCAAGAAAGUUAUUGAGAUGAUUAGCAAACUUAGCGAAUCGGACUUUGAAAAGUUUUGGAAUGAGUAUUCUGUAAACAUAAAGCUUGGUAUAAUUGACGACCAUUCAAACCGUUCAAAGCUGUCUAAACUUCUUCGCUUCUGGACGUCAAAUAGUACUGAAAAGCAGUCAAGUCUUGCGGAUUACGUCUCAAGAAUGAAAAAGGGACAAGAAGAAAUAUACUACAUCACCGCGGCUUCUAUAAAUGAGGCAAAGCUGUCGCCAUUUGCGGAAAGGCUGAUUGAAAAGGGUUAUGAGAUUGUUUAUAUGGUAGAUCCUGUAGAUGAAUAUAUGCUUCAGUCGCUAACAGAGUAUGACAAGAAGAAAUUAAGAAAUGUUGCAAAAGGGACGAUUGAAUUAGAUAAGUCAGAAGACGCCAAAAGUCGUAAAGAAGCUCUACAGAAAGAGUUUGAACCUCUUUUGCAAUGGUUCAAAGAUGCUUUGAAAGAAUAUGUAGACCAAACUACAUUAUCUGAAAGACUGUCCAACACCCCAUGUGCCUUAGUGGCGAAUGAAUUUGGUUGGUCCGGAAACAUGGAGCGGAUUAUGACUGCACAAGCUUAUCAGCGAGGUGGGGAUCCAUCAACCAGUUACUAUUCUUCUAUGAAAAAGGUUUUUGAAAUAAAUCCACGUCACCCAGUAAUGAAAAAGCUGAACGCCCUCAUAAAAUCUAACAAAGACGAUCCUACUAUAAACCAUACGGCCAGUUUAUUGUUUGAUGUUGCAGUUCUCCGAUCAGGAUUUUCCGUUAAAAACCCAGUUGCAUUUGCGGAGAGAGUCGAGACAGUUGUAAAGAAAAGUCUAGAUAUUGAUCCAAGCGAAGAGGUGGAAAAAGAACCAGUUGAAAUAUCCGAUGAACAAGUAACUGAAACGGAUGAGGAAAUUGAAGAGAAAACGGCUCCGAUUGAAAGCUCGUCAGAAGAUAAAGUCGAAGAACCUAAGCAAAGCAACGGAUUUACGGAUACAUUGGAGGAGAAUAGAACAGAAAGUACUAAAUUAUAUUCAUCAAAUGAACUGGACAGUAUAUCAGAAUAUAAUACAAGAUUACCUAUAACCAGCUCUUCUGAAAGUGAUAUUAUUCCUGAUUUUGAAGCAUUAAACAAUUGUCCAACAUGUAGGCGCCUUUUAGAGUGUAAAUCUCAUGGUCAUCAUCAUUCUGCGAAAAAUAUCAAGGACAACAAUAACAACAAAGAUGAAAAAGCUCAUCAUAAGCAAAUCGAUACUGACGGUGAAGAUGAUGAUGAUGAUGAUGAUGAUGAUGUUGAUAGUGAUUAUCGCCAUCAUCAUCAUCACGAUGAUAACAGCGAUAUUGAAGACGAUUCCGAAGAAAACGAAGAGGACAAUGAUAACAAUGAUCAGGAUUCUGGAAUUGAUUUAGGUACAAGAAAAUUAAUGGCAGUAAAGACACCAUCUACUCCUCAGCCAAAAACCAAAAUAAACUCAGAAUCUACAUCUGGAAAUGCAAAGAAUAAGAAACCUUCAGCAGUACCAACAGCUCAAAGUAAAGUUAAUUCAAAAGCAGCAAAUACAAAAACAGCUGAAAAUGUAAAGUUUAAACAAAAUAAAGAAAAAUCCCCUCCUACGCAUCAUCAACACCAACAAGACAAAUCGAAAUCUCCACCAUCAAAGCAUGCUGAGGAUCAUUCGAAAAAGGCUAUGCCUAAAUCUGUCCCUCAACCAGAGAAAGCAAAGAAACCCAAUAUGCCCAAAUCAAAACAUGUUCGAAUUGUUGGAAAUAUAAACGAUCAUGACUGUGAUGGUAUACCAGAUGAUAUUGACGAAGAUAUUGACAAUGAUGGUCUUCUGGAUCGUACUCAAGACUCAGACUGGGAUGGAUUGUUGAAUCAUAUUGACGAGGAUGAUGAUAAUGAUGGUAUCCCUGAUAUUGAAGAUGAAGAUUCGAACGGUGACGGUAUACCAGAUUGUCGUUCUGAUGUUUCAGAUUUAAAAUUAAAAAUACGAUAUAAGAAGAAAAUGAAAAAAAUCGAUAGUGACUUUGAUGGUAUCCCUGAUGAUGACGAUGGAGACGAUGAUGAUGAUGGUAUUCCAGAUAUUUUGGAAGAUGAAGAUAAAGAUCAAAUUCCUGAUUACCUAGGACUUACCCGCAAUGAUUUCUUAAAAGGUGUGAGUAUUAAAGAAUUGAACAAGCGAAUGAACAAACGUGGUUGGUUUGAUCAUGAUUGUGAUGGUAUUCCAGAUAAUCUUGACCCUGAUGAUGAUAAUGAUGGAUACUUCGAUGCAAAACAAGAUAGCGAUCGCGACGGUAUUUUGAAUGAAUUCGAUGAUGACGACGAUAACGAUGGAAUACCAGAUAAAGAUGAUCCUGAUUCCAAUGGAGAUGGUAUACCAGACUGCAUAGUGAAAGAUUCCGACGGUGAUCAUAUUCCUGAUCAUAUUGAUACAGAUGAUGACAAUGAUGGUAUACCAGAUCUACAGGAUCCAGAUCAUCCAAUGUUUGAUUAUUUCCGUGACUCAGACAAGGAUGGUAUUCCUGAUCCAUUGGACAAAGAUGAUGAUAAUGAUGGUAUUCCAGAUAGUAUGGACUAUGAUUCAGAUGGAGAUGGAACAGACGAUCUAUUCCAAGAUGUUGAUAGAGAUGGAGUUCCAGACAGUGUUGAUGAUGACAUGAAUAAUGAUGGUAUUCCUGAUCAUAAACAAGAUCAUGAUUGUGAUGGUAUUCCGGAUAUUGUUGAUCCAGAUGAUGAUAAUGACGGUUAUUUCGACACUAAACAGGAUAGUGAUAAUGAUGGGAUUUUAAAUGAAUGGGAUGAUGAUGACGAUAAUGACGGUAUUCCAGAUGUGGAUGAUGAAGAUUCAAAUGGUGAUGGGAUAAUUGAUUGUCAACCACGUGACAGUGAUGGCGAUGGCAUUCCAGACCACUUGGAUGAAGAUGAUGAUAAUGAUGGUAUACCAGAUCAAAGAGAUCCUGAUUCAAUGUCAUUUUUACUAUAUAAGCAUAAACGUUUCCUUGAAGCUGUUCCAGCUCAUAUUGCCAGAAAUGAAGCUAACUUGUUGAAUGUUGAUCUAGGUGAUCCAAAUGAUAAAGAUUGUGAUGGAAUUCCUGAUCAUAUUGACAAUGAUUUAGAUAAUGAUGGAAAAAUUGAUAGAACACAAGAUUCAGAUAUGGAUGGUUUAUUGAAUCAUGUCGAUGACGAUGAUGACAAUGAUGGUAUUCCGGAUCCCUUAGAUCCGGAUGCAAACGGUGACGGUAUACCAGAUUGUAGACGUGAUGGAGGUCUACACUAUAAACUGGUGAGAUCACCGUCUGGUCUAAUAAAGAAAGUGUUAAGAAUUCGUGAACCAACUCAAGAAGAACAGCAUAUGGCUUACAUGGUGAAUGAAGCUAAACGUAAAUUGAUACGUAUUCGCGCUAAACUAGGUGAACCGGUGCCAAAGAAUACAAUUCAAGCUGUACCUUCUGUUACCUUCAAUAAUGCAUAUGGGGAUAAUCCUGACAAUCCUAAAAAUAACAAUGAUGGGAAAAAAAUAAAAGCUAAGUCUACCAAUACAAAAACUGUUCCGACAAAUCCAACCGUAAAAAGUGAUCAUUCACACACACCUACAAGUGGAACACCAACCACCAAACAGUCAGCAAAUAACAAACCUGCAACUGGUGGCAUCGGAGGUGGGAAAAAAUCACCAACACAAGCAGGAAAAAGUAAUCCGUCCACUUUGAAACAAUCAACACCAACAGCCUCAGCAGGUGAACAUGGUGCAAAAUCAGCCAAUAAACGACAAAAUCGUAAAUUGGCAAAUUAUGUACCAAGUGAAACCGCUGAUCCACUAUAUGCAUUGAAUAAAGAUAUUUUAUUUGACAUUCCAAGUAUUGAUGAUAUUAGUGAUGGUAGAAUAGAAGAAGAAAAUGGUGAUGAUGAUGAUGAUGGUGAUAUGAGUGUUAACUUGGCUGAACCUAAUCUUAAAACAUCAAUAUUUGGGAGUUUUUUACUACCAGGAGCAGCAGCUGAUGAAUCCACCGGACAACGUAGAACAAAAGCAAUAAAAAUGAAACAAAAUGAAGGUGUACAAACGAUAACAGCUGAUAAAAUGAAAGUUAAAAAGAAAAAGACAAACGACAAUGAUAAGUCCAAGAAGGAUUCUUGUGAUGCUCAUUCAUGCCGGAAGUCUAACAUGAACCAACCAAAUAAUCAACCAGGCAAGAAACAUGUUAAGUCAGGCUCUAUUAAAGAUUAUUUGCACAAAAAUGAUGACGAAUCAUUAGACUUAGAUGGUGACGGAAUACCUGACCACCUGGAAGAUGACGAUGGUGACGGAAUACCUAAUUACUUGGAAGAUGAAGACGGCGACGGCAUUCCAGACAGUAUGGAGGGCGAUUCAGAUGGCGACGGUAUUCCGGAUUACAUGGAAGAUGAAGAUGGAGACGGUAUACCAGAUUAUUUAGAAGAUGAAGAUGGAGAUGGAAUACCCGAUUACUUGGACGGAUGCGUUCACGGCAAACAUAACGACGAUGACGAUGAUAAUGACGGAAUUAAAGAUUAUCAAGAAGAUGCAAAUAAUAAUCAAAUAUUGGAUAUUUUUGAAGCUAAAGACACAGAUGGCGAUGGUAUUCCCGAUUAUCUAGAUGACGAUGAUGACGGAGACGGUAUACCUGAUUGUGAUGAUGAUGACGAUGAUAAUGAUGGUAUACUGGAUAUACAUGAAGACGAAAAUAAGAAUAAAAUUCCUGACUACUUAGAAACUGGAGACUCUGACAAUGAUGUAAGGGGAAGCAAAUCGCCAAGUAAAUCAGCCUCGUCUCAGCCUAAAUCAACAGUAAAAUCAAAAAGUACAGCAUUGCCGAAAAAGGUUGGAAAACAUACAGUUGAUGAUGAUGACGAUGAUGAUGAUGAAGAUGAGAAGCCAUCUAAAAGGAAAGAUAGUGGAGUUGGAAGUGAUGAUGAUGAUGACGAGACAGAUGAUGCUGAACAUAUGUCAAAAGCUCGAUCUAUAGUUCUUUCCAUACUUAAACGAAUUGAAAAUUUCUUUGGAGUUGAAGAUGAUGAUAACGAUAAUCAUGAUUCAGAAGAAGAAACGCAUGAUCACUGAACUUUAUUUUCUCCUCCUUUUCUUUUGCCAGAAAAAUCAAACACUUUAUAGUUCCAUCAAAGAAAGAGAGAGAAUCAACU